AAAUGGCAAGCAUUCUAAGAAGCUCUCUUUUGCUGAGAUCCAGUGCCCCUUCUGCUUUCUCAGUCAGAGCAGUUUCUGGGGCAAGUACUUUGAAACAGGAAGCAGUCAGUGUGCCAAAGUUUGAUUCAAGUGCAAGACCAACCUCAGAGAUACCAGGUCCCCGAUGCUACCCCAUUGUGGGCACAAUCCCUUCCAUGCUGCUUGACCCUACUUUUGAUAACAAGCAGAUCCAUAAGUUCUGGGCAAAGAUGAUUAAGGAAUAUGGGCCUAUUGUUAGAAUGAUAACGCCUGGAAUGCCAUCAAUUGUUGGGCUGACUAAUCCUGACGACUGUGAGACUGUCUUCCGCACCACUAUGGAGAACCCCCUUCGAAAUGGGUUUUUGGCAUUGAAAAAGAUACGCGAUGAUGAAGUGAAUGGAUACUUUGAAAAAAAAAGUGGCCUUCUGACUGAAAAUGGUGAGGAAUGGUGGCGUGUCCGAAGUAGAGUACAGACUCCUAUGCUAAAAGUAAAGAAUAUUGCUUCAUAUCUGACACUCAUGGAUGAAGUCACUCUUGAAUUUCUGAAUAGGAUUGCAGCCAUGCAGGAAGAGUAUGGGGAGAUGCCAAGUAAUUUUCAGACUGAACUAUACAAAUGGGCUCUUGAAUCCGUGGGGCUUGUUGCUCUCAGUCGAAGAUUAGGAUGCUUGGAGCCCAACAUCGCAGAUGAUUCUGAGCCGAUGCAAUUAAUCCACUCUGCCAAUAACAUUUUUGAGGCCAUGAAUGACACUGAGAUUAGUGCUGGUAUGUGGAGGUUCUUCCCUACAGCACCUUACAGGAAACUGAAGGCAAACCAUCAACUUUUCCUAGAGAUUGCAGACAGCAACAUUCAAGAAACAGAAGCACUACUGAAAGCCAAGACAGGGAAAGAAGAUGAGGAAUUAACACUUAUGGAGUCACUUCUUCUCAUGCCAGGCCUCUCUCGUAAAGAUGUUGUCACACUUAUUCUUGACAUGCUCUUUGCUGGCAUUGACACAACAUCGCACACAAUUGGUUUCACUCUUUACCUACUGGCUAGACACCCUGAGGUACAAUCUCGAGUACAGAAAGAAGUUGACCAAGUUAUAGGGGAUCACGAAGGUCCCCUAUUGCCUUCACACUUGGGCAGACUGUCGUACCUCAAAGCAGUCUUAAAGGAGUCCCACAGAAUUUUUCCUUUGACUAUGGGCAAUGCAAGGACCUUGGAUAGAGAUAUAGUGCUUAGUGGAUAUAUUGUUCCCAAAGGAUGGAUGGCAAUAACAUUAAAUAUGCUAAUUGGAUGGGAUGAGUCGGUCUUUCCACGUGCCAAAGAAUUUGUCCCAGAGCGCUGGUUGCGGCACAAGCCACUAGGACCCAUCCACCCCUAUGCCUCUCUUCCGUUUGGUGCUGGGACGAGGAUGUGCAUAGGAAGACGCAUAGCAGAACAAGAGCUGUACACUUUCCUUGCAAGGGCAAUGCACAGAUUUACUGUAGACUACAAGUAUGAAGAUAUGGAUGUCAUCAGCAAAUUGGUUUUCACUCCUUCUCAGCCACUAAGAUUUACAUUUACUGAACGCCGCUGAUAUUAAAAGUUACAGCAGGUUGUUGUAUAAAUUAGACGUGGAGUGGGUGUCAUGAAAUUUCCACAAAGUUAACUAAUUUUGAUUUUGAGUAUUCAGAGGUUAACAAAAAGAUAGAUAGUAAUUUUGAUGGCAGAUUUACAUUGUAAGUGUUGCUUUUGUUGAUUAGAUAUUAUCAUUGUUCUAUAUUGAUAUAUCAUUAGCAUCUCUGUUUCUUUGUUUAACAUCUUCCUCAAAUAAGUAUUUAUGAUUUAACAUUUAAGUAUUCUUUAAAGGAAAUAAUUAUUUAUCUUAUCUUAAAUAGUAUACAUUUGAUUUCAUGUGAUAUAAAUCACAACCAUAAAGCCAUGUACACAUGUAUAUACCUAAACACCAUUAUUUUUAACUGCAUUUAUGUUUGACUGACAAGUAUCCAUUAUAUGGCAGACCAUAUAUAUAUCAUAACUAUUGUUGUUUCUGGCUAAAUGAAAUUUAAAUUUUGUACAUUCUUGAUGUGAUACAUUAAAAUUACUUUUAGGUUGACUAUGAAUCUAUAAUUAAUACUGUUUACGUGUUUGCUGUUUACAAGUUUGUGAACAAGUGUGUAUGUAUGUACUGUGCACAAUGUAAGAGUGGCUGUGUAUGAGAAUAUGCUGUAUAUCAUUAUGUUUUAUAUAUGCAUCUAUGUAAAUUGAAAUAUAUUAUUUUAAUAUUAGA